CUCCUUCAUUUUGUGUUUGCAGAACCUGCCGGCCCUGGGGGGCCUGAUUGGGGUCACCAAUGCCCGGCUGGGCACCAUCAAGACACGGUUUGAGGGCCUGUGCCUGCUCUCCCUGCUUGUGAGUGAGACUCCCACAGAGGCCUUCCAGCUGCACUGCCUGAGUUGGCUGCGCAGCCUGCAGCACUUGCUCCAGUCCCAGGACCCGGCCUCUACCAUGGCUCUGGGGGUGGCUGUGCUGCGUGACCUGCUACACUACUCUUGCCAGCUGCCUGAGCUGGCCCGGGACAUUGGCACCAACCACAUCCCUGGGCUCCUCACAUCUUUGCUGGCCCUCAAACCUGAGUGCCAGGUCUCAGCUUUGGAAGGCAUCAAGGCCUGCAUGACCUUUUACCCACGGGCCUGUGGCUCUCUCCGGGGCAAACUGGCUGCCUAUUUCCUGUCCCAUGUGGACUCGGAUUCGCCUCAGCUGCAGCAGCUGGCAUGUGAAUGCUAUGCCCUGCUGCCCUCACUGGGUGCUGGCUUCACUCAGGGGCUGAAGCAUAGGGAGUGCUGGGAGCAGGAGCUGCACGCCCUGCUGGCCACGCUGCACAGCCUGCUGGGAAACCUUUAUGAGGCUGCCGAGACCGAGCCCCUGCCCUACGAGGGCCCAGGGCUGGAGUUGCUGCUGCCGCCGGCACCACCCGAUGGGGAGACCAGUUUCGUCCUGAACCUCUGCAACCGCUUCUCUGGCCUGGCUAAGUGCCUGCAACUUAUGCUCAGCUGUGAAUUUGUGGCCCCCGUGACAGUUCCGGUCCAAGAUGUUCUGGAUCUUGUGUGCCGGGCUCUGAACAUCUCCGUCAAGAACAUGAGCUGGUUUGGCGACGGCCCCCUGAAAAUGUUGCUGUUGCCUUCUGUCCACCUGGAGGUCCUAGAUGUGCUGGCAGCCCUGAUCUUGGCGUGUGGGGCACGGCUGGCGCGCUGGGGCAGUGUUCUGGGCCGGCUCUUCCCCCAAGUGCUGGGCACGUGGAGCGGUUGCAGGGAGGCGGUACCACUGGGCCAGGAGAAGCCCUACAGCGCCGUGCGCACCCGGCUGUACCAGGUGCUGGAGUUGUGGGUGCAGGUGGGCGGGGCUGGUGCGGGGGUGCUGCAGGGCCCCUCCCAUCGCAGCGAGGCGCUUCUGGCCCACCUGCUCGGUGACAUCGCACCUCCCAUGGACAGCAUCAAGCUGAAAGUGGGGCGGCCAGGCUCGGAGGGGAAGCCCAGUGCACCCAAGAAGCCAAAGCUCUCUGAGGGAGGUGAGGCCCCAUCCCUCCACCGCAAGCAGGACUCCAUGGCCAAUAGCGAUGUGUGCAGAGCUGCCUUUGCUGAACCCCUGGUGAAGGAGGAGACCCACAAGAAGCUGCAAGAGCUGGUGGUGCCGUUGUUACUCCGUCUGGCACAGGGUGAUGUGUCCCCAGUAGGCCCCUACACCAGCCCAGCCUGUCGCCACCAGCUCUAUCGCCUGCUCUUGGCGCUGCUGCUGGCACCUGCGCCUGCUUGCCCCCCGCCUCUGCAGUGCGCCUUGCGGGCCUUUGCCCUGGGCCAGCGGGAUCCCAGUCUGCAGGUGUCGUCCUUCUGCGCCGAAGCUCUGGUGACCUGCAGUGCCCUGGCGCGCCCCCGUGUACCCUCUCUGCAACUACCCCUGCAAGGCCCUGCCCCCUCUGCUGGCCCUGCCCCCUCUGAGGUGGCUGCUUCCCCCUUCCACCAGGUCCCCCCCUUUCCUGCUCCAAUUCCCGCCCGCCCCCCACCUGCCACCAACCCACUCCCACUCCCCAGCACUGAGGCAGCCCCCAGCCUGGGGGAGGAGAACCCAGCUGUGAUCAACAUCAACAGCAGUGAAGAGGAGGAGGAGGAGGAGGAAUUCCCCGAGGAGGAGGAGGAAGAGGAGGAGGAGGAGGAAGAGGAGUAUUUUGAUGAGGAGGACGAGGACUUUGAGGAAGAGGAGGAGGAAGAGUUUGAGGAGGAGGAAGAGCUGGAAGAAGAGGAGGAGUACGAGGAGGAGGAGGAGGAGGAAGGCCUGUCCGAAGAUGAAGAGGAGGAGGAGGGGGCCCUUUCAGAGGAGGAGCAGCCACCCCCUGCUGCCCAGGAGCUGCCGGAGGCCCCCAGGGAACCAGAUGACCUUAUCAUGGAGGUGGAGGAGAGCCAGGCAGCUGAGCUGCCACCUCCUGAGGAGGAGGAGGAGGAGGAAGAGGAGGAGGUGAUGGUGAUGAAGGCUAGCUCCCCACCAGCCUCCCAGCUGCAGCAGGAGGAGGGGAAGGAACUGCCACUUGCUCCACCUACUCCACCCCCAAGGGCCAGCCCCCUCCCGGCCCCUCCUCCUUGCCAGGAGGAAAUGGGGGAGGAGCCACCACUGCUGGAUGACCCGCCCCCAGUUCUGGAGGCAGAGCAGCUCUCAAGAGAAGAAGGAAUGUCCCCUGGCAUGGAGCAAGGAGAUGGUGCUGGCGAGGGGCUGGAGGGUGGCCAGGAGACCCAGCCCAGUCUUGAGCAGGAGCAGCUGGCUGUGGCUGGGAAGGAAGAGGCAGAAGUGGAUGAGACGGCGACCAUGCUGGCUGACUUCAUUGACUGCCCCCCCGAUGAUGAGAAGGGGCCCCCUGAACCCAGCCCCUAG